AUGGCGCGUAUGGGCAAGACACAGGAGCUGAUAAGGAACUUUCGACCCCUUUCUGCUUUGGCCUUUGUAGUCAUCCUCCAAGGAACGUGGGAAGUACUUUUGGCUGCAUCUUAUCAAGGUCUGCAGAACGGAGGCCUCGCUGGCCUCAUCUGGUCGUAUAUUUGGACUUUUGUCGGAAUGCUGUUUGUUAAUGUCUCACUGGCGGAGAUGGCGUCAAUGGCACCCACUUCCGGAGGCCAGUAUCAUUGGGUGUCCGAAUUCGCGCCACCUCGAUUCCAGCGCUUUCUGAGUUAUCAGACAGGUUGGAUGUCCACACUAUCAUGGCAAGCCGGUACUGCCUCCGGACCAUUCCUAGUCGGCACAAUGAUUCAGUCGCUAGUUAUUGAAAAUAACGAAUCGUACUCACCUAGUAACUGGCAGGGAACGCUAAUAGUCAUUGCUAUUACUAUAAUGAUCUACUUCAUCAACGUAUAUGGCGUGAGGAUCAUGCCAAUGUUCCAGAACGUCAUGUUAGUUGUCCAUGUAUCUGGUUUUCUGAUCAUAAUGAUCGUGUUUUGGGUCCUCUCACCUAGAGUCCCUGCCAAGACAGUCUUUCUUGAGUUCACCAACUCUGGUGGUUGGGGCUCGAUAGGAGUCAGCUUGAUGGUUGGUCAGAUAUCAUCCCUCUAUGCGUGCAUCUGUGCUGAUGCAGCUGCGCACAUGUCUGAAGAAAUCGAAGAUGCCGGAGUCACAGUCCCUCGCGCUAUGAUGGGCUCAUACUUCGUCAACGGUGGUAUCGGCAUCGUCUUCCUCAUCUCCUUCCUCUUCACGAUCACAUCUGUUACAGACGCUCUCAAUGAGGACUAUCCGUUCAUCUUUGUCUUUCGCCAAACUGUCUCCGUUGCCGGCAUCAAUGGCCUCACCUCGAUCCUCAUAAUCCUGAUAUUCGCGGGCACAAUGUCUUACAAUCUAUCUACAUCGCGCCAGACAUGGGCCUUUGCGCGCGAUGGAGGUCUACCAUUCAGUGAAUUCAUCAGUGCUGUGCAUCCUACUAUGCAUGUACCGGUAAAUGCGGUCUUAAUUACAUGCGUACUCACGGCGGUGCUAUCACUCAUCAACAUUGGCUCUGAGGUGACAUUCAAUGCUAUAAUAUCGCUCAAUCUCGUCUCGCUCAUGAUCACAUAUACUAUUUCCAUCGGUUGCGUGCUCUACCGCCGCAUCACCGCGCCUGAAACUCUACCUCCUUGCCGCUGGAGCUUAGGUCACUGGGGCGUGCCGAUAAAUGCAAUCGCAGUCGCGUAUAGCACGGUUGCGUUUUUCUGGUGUUUCUGGCCGCCCCAAACGCCUGUGGAUAAAGAGACGUUUAACUGGGCCGUGGUAAUGUUCCUUGCUGUUGCGCUGUUGAGUACUGUAGAUUACGUGCGUCGCGCACGGAAGGUGUAUAAAGGGCCGGUUGUACUGGUGGAGCAGCAGCAUGAGUGCUCGAUGUGA